UUUUUCACUAUAUUUUAUAUUGGAGAUUGUUCUUUCUAUAUUUCGUCCUUCAAUUAAUUAUUUUAUUGUCUUUGAUGGAUGAUCUACAACCGCAGGAUGAUGAAAAUGUAAUGGAAGAAGAGGAUACAUUAGUUUUGCGAAUGGAAGCCAUGAUGUUGGCAGAGGAUCAAGAAGACCGUCUUUCUUUUGCGGACUCUGAAAGGUUUGAUGAGGAUGAUGAGCAAUAUUCUGUACAGGCAAGCGAUUCAAGUUCAGUAAGUCAUCACUGGAGAGGAUGGGACUCAUCUUUGGCCAAAAUGGGCCAAGGUUUUGUAACUAAACCUUUCCUUAUUGCUGAUAGUUCGGCACUCGAUGCUGCAGAUUUUAUGGAAGAUAUCCCAUCACUCAAGGAUUUGGCUGCAAAACGUGUUGCUUCCUCCAUUUCAUUCGAACUUAUUGAGGCUACUUAUUCUCAACUUCCUACUGCACAGAAACGACUUCGGCCUCAACUUCCAAAAGAAAAUAUUGAACACAUUGGACAACAACAGCACUUGCAAGAUUAUUUACCCGAACAAUUGGUACUUCUUAUUUUAAGACAUUGCUUUCCCGAAUCGUCAGAGAAUAUUCGACUUUACAGCUGUUUAACUAAUUGUGGCGAUCGUUUAUUUGCCUUGGGUGAAAACCUUUUUAAGAGCGGAGCUGUCUCCAAACUUUUCCAAAUUGGUUGUCAUUUAUCUGCUAAAGUACAAGAACGCUUUGGAUUAAAUAAUACUGGCAGCGGUUUAAGUGGCGAAUCUUUAAGUAAAUUGUACAUUUCAAAAGAAGCAUCCGAAAAUAACGUCAAAACUUUUGAUGUUUGCAUUCUUGUUGAUCGCUGUCGGAUUGUUUCCUGCGCUUGCUCUUGUUCAAAUACCUCGUUUUGGUGUCAACAUGCUGUUGCUGCCUGCCUUCAACGUAUUCAGCAGCCCAAUACAGUGCAAUAUAGACCUGCAAUUUGGGAUUCUAUUACAUCUUUGCGUGAUAUACAAGCGAAAAAAAUGGUUCAAUGUUUGAUAAAUAAACUUCCUCGAGAGUACAUUCCCGUGGCUCAGGAACUAAUUGACGCUCUAAAAGACAAUAAUUCUCUGAUUAAUCAAAUUCAAGGUGCACCAGAUCCAACUGCCGGACCGACUGAUGAUACUCCUGCGGUUUGGUGUAUGGACGAGAAAGCAUUGCACGAAGAAGUUAGAAAAACUCUCAUUAAUUUUAUGCGUCCGUCUGCCAUGGUUUGGUACAAAGUUUGUUGUCUUCUCCACCUGCUUUGGCUUACGAAUGGAGUUCGGGUAAUGCUAACACGUAAUGAUGCAAAUGGUCCUGCAUUGCUUCAUAUACUUACUGAAGAAUGUUUAGCACUUGAUUCUGUUCUUAUCCGAUGGUAUCAGAUCUCGCUUUCUGCAAGUGGACACUGGUACUUGAUUGGCCCUAAUGGUGGAAGUAGUGGACAACGCGCAAAUGGUAAUGCACAACAAAGCCAGUCACGCCAACUCCUUUGCUAUUUGCUUUGUCAAGAGUUGGCUUCUCUUUGGCGACUUAUUGCUUUAAAUCCGCGACUAACUAUUGAAGAAAGGGAGCAGCUUUGGGUGUUACUACAGCUCUACCAGAGAACGUCUGUUAUGCGUAUUUGGACAAUUCUUGGGAAGGCUACUUCUACUGAAAAUGUUUGUAGAAAUAUUUUUAAUCUAUUAUAUAAAAUUCAGUAUGUUUUUGGGACCGCCAUGGAUGCUCGUGGUAAUCGUCUUUGCCAACAAAAUGCUCCAUUUGGACGUAAUUUCUUCCCGGCAUUUUUUCCUGCCUUAAGGGCAUGUAAGCAGUUUAGUUGGACGCGAUCUGAAGCUCAUAGAUUGUUGCGAGAAAUGAAUAUAGCUCAAAAACAACACGGUCGCUUCCCAACCCUGCCUUUCUUGCGUGAAGCAGAUAAUGGAAUUACACUUAUUGAUUUAGUGGAAAUGGAGCGCCAAUUGGGCAAUUCAUCAAUUGCUUACAAUCCAGAUGCCGUUCUGGUUCCAUCAUCGAAAUCAUCCAAAAGACGAAAGAAACACAAAAAAGCACAGCAGCGUCAAAAACUGCAAAAAUUGGGAAUGAACAAUGAAAGUACUAACAGGAAGCGGCGAGAACGCCAACAACCUUCGGAACAAGAUGUAAAAGAGGAUCUAAAAAAUAAUCAAGAACAAGUCAGCGAAAUCAGUAGUGAUGAAGAAAAUCAGAAGCCUGAAUGUAGUAAAUCUGAUCCACCAAAAAGAGAGCAAUAUGAAGAUGCUUUAGAUAGACUUUUUGCUGAAGCACAUGCUGACUUCGAUGAUCCAUUUACUCUUCGUUUUAUGUAUUGUGAGGCUCUUUUUGCACAUGGCUACUUCAAUGAAUCUUUACAAUUUGCUAAUAUUUUGUCUGUAAAUUUGAUAAAUAAUCAACCAAACUUGUUACUCUCAAUUGGAGUGACUGAUUUACAACUUAUGAAGAGUAAUGAAGAUGAGGCAGCAGAGCGGAAGACUAACGAUAAAUUGAUAGCAAAGCCUUUUUCCUCUGUUCCACACUCCAUUCGUCAGUCACAUUUUCGUCGCCAGUUUAGUUCUGAUUCAAUUCGGCGCACUGAGACCAAUGAAAUUUACUCUAAUUCAACACUUGCACGUCUCACAAUCAGUCGUGCUCAUCCUCGUUUGAUGGCUAAUUCAACUAAUGCAAAAGAUACAUUAACUAAGACAAUCUUUCUUGUUAAAUUGUUAAUGCUUGGAGAAGAGUUUUUUGAUCGUAAAAUGAAAAGAUUUUCACGACAACAUAUUGCAACGACUCAUAAAGCAGAUAACCCAAAAGAAACUUCUAAAAGUGCGAAUAGUUCAGUACAAGGAGAGUAUCGCCUCUUAGCUUUAGAACUAUGCCUGGCUACCAUGCGAAAUUUGCGUGGGCCAUCUGCUACUCGUUUGCUAGAAAUGGAGAUUAACCAAUUGGAAGGCGAUUUAUUUACAUUAUUGCAUAGAAUUGAGAUUUGCCCUAACGGUUUGAAAAUUGUACGCUCUCUAGCACAACAAUUACUCAAAAAUCUGGCAGUUGACAGCUUACCUACUAGUGUUACUGUUCCACCCACACGUUUGGCGCACUAUAUUGUAAAUGUUCUUUCUUCCCCUUAUUCUCCUUACCAACAACAACAUCUACGAAAUGCGGCACAACUUAGUGGUGGAGUUGAUGCUUGUCAAAUACUGCUCCCACGUUUUCAAUCGGAUUUAUUCACCUAUCGAUUAGAGUCUGAUGAACAAUUGGCACUUGACCUUGCUCUUCAAGUGUUAAGCAUGGAUGUGCAUAUUUCUGAACGUGACCAUCCACUUUUGUGUGAAUGUAUCCGACGUCAUCGUAAAGACUUACAGAUGGUGCUUUUCACUAGAAAUAGGGACUCACCUGAACGAUUAGCUCGAGUAUUGACCACUGCACUUGAUGAGAAAGUGCAUCGCAUUUAUGAAGAAUCUAACCGUUCUAAUGUGGAUUUCUUUUCAUCUUCCGCUACAAUUACAAACUCAAAGCCGCGCCCUUCUUCUCCACCUGAUCAACAACAGGGAUUAUUCAACAAAAAACAACCUCUGUUAUCGAUUGGCUCUUUAACUGGCGUUUUCAGUUCCAUUCAAUCAUCAUCCAGUGCCACUUCUACAGCCACAUCUCCUAGCAGUUCACCAUUCGAUUUGGGUAUUGGACAACAACAAAUUUCAGGAGACAGGUCCUUACACAUUCACAUCAGUAUUUAUUGUUUUAUGAAUUCUAAAAAUUUCAGAUUUUUCCCUUCAACUCGUUCUUCGAUUUCUAAACCUUUUCCAAUGCUAGCGAAUCAAGCUAGCGAGGCACAGGCUCACCAUAUGUUUGAAUUUGCUAAAGCUCUACUUUUAGAAGCUGGUGGAAAUCAGAGUAGUCCCAUGUUCAAUCCAGUUCAAGCUAUGGCUGCAGCUGCUUUAGGUGCUGCUGCUUUUCUUGGUGGUGCGGGAGCUCCUCAAAUUGGUCCUCAUCGUAAUUUACACAUUUGUUCGUUGUUGAUUGCAUUAUAUGCCUUGGGAUUAAACAAUGAAUGCUCUCCUUCAUGGAAUACGCGUACCUAUUCUACGCAUGUUUCUUGGAUUCAAGCACAGGCGUUAGAUAUUGGUCGUCAAGCUUUGGAAAUCAUUCGCCGUACCUGGCACAAGCAUUUAACUCCAACUGAGGUUGCAUCUCUCGCCGAUAAAGCCAGUCAAAGUAGUGACUUGUCUGUUGUUGAAGAAGCGGCUCAGCUUGCUCUGAGCGUUCUUCCUGAGGCUAAUUCUCUUUUGCCUGCGGAGAGUCUCAAAGCACUAAAUCAAUGUAAAGAACGUUCGCCUCGAAUGCUAGAGGAUGCUUGCCUGGCUGUAGAAAAAUCUACACAACGAGGCGGUGUACUCUUUCGUGUUUCUCAUCAUUGGUAUAAUCUCUAUGUUGCACAUCUUGCGGAGUUGGAAGGGAGUGUUAUUGGUGAGCCACCGUCUUCAAAUGUUUCUUUAAACACCAAUAAAUCAACUCAAAAGAACAAUCUUAAUUCUUUUCCUCAUCAACAACAAUAUUAUCUCCAUCAUCAGUCACCUCCUCAAAUUCCUUUCUUCCAUUCUUUACAGACAACUGACAUCAAAAAUACCUUCGUGGGGUCGACACAACAACCUGUCACUUCUGCUUCAACCUGGCAGCCUGUUGUAACACAACAUCAGCCAACAUUGCAGUUCUGCAUUGGUAUUUGCCUCCGACAGCACCACCGCUUUACUUGAUGCCACCGCAUCUUCCUCCACCUCCAUUUUAUUCGC